AUGCCAUCUCUAAGAGCAAAUCGUACAACCAUUAUCGGCUACAAUCUAGAGGCCUCCUCGAUCAUUACGUUGGUCGUAGCGGCUGUCAUCAUGGGCCAAGAUACCAUCUUAUGUCAACAAAUAACAAUAAGAGAUAUUACAUGCAAGACAUUUGGACUAGAAAAAGCAGAUAAAGAGUAUUUAUUAAAACAAGAAUUAACCACAUGGAGAGAUUAA